GCGUGCGUGCCGCCGUUGAUCCGGUGCUGCAGUGAGGAGGUGGUUCUCGCCCGUGUUGUGUGUGUGAGUGAGUGAGAGAGCGAGUGAGUGAGUGAGUGAGUGAGUGUGUGUGUGGGGGGACUCGGCUUGUUGUUGUCGGUGACUUCCCCCUCCCCUCCACCCCUCCCCCCUCCCUGCCGCCGCUGCAGUGGCCGCUCCCUGGGCCGUAGGAAAUGAGCGAUAACGAUGACAUCGAGGUGGAGAGCGACGAAGAGCAACCGAGGUUUCAAUCUGCGGCUGACAAACGGGCUCAUCAUAAUGCACUGGAACGAAAACGCAGGGACCACAUCAAAGACAGCUUUCACAGUCUGCGGGACUCGGUCCCCUCCCUCCAGGGAGAGAAGCAACAGGCAUCCCGGGCCCAAAUCCUAGACAAAGCCACAGAGUAUAUCCAGUAUAUGCGAAGGAAAAACCACACACACCAGCAAGAUAUUGAUGACCUCAAGCGGCAGAAUGCUCUUCUGGAGCAGCAAGUCCGUGCACUGGAGAAGGCGAGGUCGAGUGCCCAACUGCAGACCAACUACCCCUCCUCAGACAACAGCCUCUACACCAACGCCAAGGGCGGCACCAUCUCUGCCUUCGAUGGGGGCUCGGACUCCAGCUCGGAGUCGGAGCCCGAAGAGCCCCAGAGCAGGAAGAAGGUCCGGAUGGAGGCCAGCUAAGCUCCGCGGGGCAGGCCAGCAAUAAAAACUGUCUGUCUCCUCCGUCGUCUCAUCCUCCUUUCAGUUCAUCCUUAGAACCCUCAGAACCAUUUAAGAGACUCUAUUUUUUUCUCUUUCUCUUUUUGUUUUUUAUUUUAUUUUUAUGUAGAAGCUCUUGGACAACAGCUCUCGUUCUCCUUCCCCAUUUCCACUAUUUUUUUUUUUUUUUAACAUUUCCCUUCAGGGAUUCCCUGUCCCCACCAGGAAUUUUUAAACCAAAAUACCCCAACUUGGCAGCUUUCUCUGUGGAGGACAGACGGCCGGCCGGACCUCUGAGCACAUGGUGUCCUGACCGCCCACCAGCUCCUCCAGCCCUGCCGGGCGCGUGCCCGGAGGACUCCUGCCCCUCCAGGCCUCUCCUCCCGGGCCACCCUCGCCUCUGCCUGGUAGACUUUGUGAAUCUGUGGACUGCUCUACUGUGAGAAGACGACCGGUUUGGAGUAAUCAGAAUUACGCCCCCUUCUUUUUAAGGAUUUUUUUUUUUUAGUCUAAAAAGCUAUUUAUCGCUCCUGUUGAAAGACCAGAUCCUUGAAGAAGUCUGUGGUGGGAAAGGCAGCGGGGCAGAUGUGCAGUGCAGAGUCUUUGGCCUGCUUCACCCCUGCUUCUCAGCCAGCCUUAGGGAGGGCCGUGGACACGGUGAAGCGGCAGCCCCCAGGGCGGGGGUGGGACAAGAAGGAAGGAGCGGGUGGGGUAGCGGUUUUGUAUUGAGGGCCAGUGAUGAUGUUUUGAUAUUUAUUUCCUGCUACUGAAAUUUGAAUCUGAGUGACUUGUCCCUAUUUCUGAUGAUGUCGGUAUUGCAAAGCGACAGAUUCAUAAAGUAAUGAUCAAAUCUUCCUUUCUUUCCGUGUGUAUUUCUAAGAAAUAGAGCCAACUGAUUUUGUAUGUAAAUACCAAGAGCGAUUUACCUGGUACUAAACCCGCACCCCGGUGCGGCCCCAUCCCCACCCGCCCCGCUCCCUUUCCGAAUGUGUCCCCAUUGUGUGAUCCAGCCCUGGUGCUGGCUGCGGUCAGCAGAUCCCAGUGAAGGGUUUUGUGUGUUUAGGCCUCAUUUCUUUGUCUCUUUCCUACUCUGUUCCUGGCGUUUGCUGAUUUCUAGUGUAUACUCUGUAGUCUCAGUCCGUGUUUGAUUCCAUUCCAUGGAAAUAAAAAGUAUGUUGUACAUACUGCCGAAGAAUUGUCUUGCAAGUUAAGGCUUCCCCCUUUACUAUAAGACUAUAAAUAAAAACUUAUUUUAUCCUU